AUGGAUGAUAAUUACCUUUGUGUUAAAGAAAAAGAAUUGUGUAAAAAUAUUUUUGUUAGCAGACAAAAUUCUUUAAUAGACAGUGACCAUUAUAAUCUAGAAGACUUAGGCCGUUCUCAAGCGUCUUCUUCAAUGUGUUUACCAAACGAUCGUGAUUAUCACUUAGGUCAAAAACAUGAAGCUGCGAUCACCAAUUUUUUUCAUAGAGCUGCUCUGAUUAGCUAA